CCCCGGACACAGAGGAUCACCGAUCACAGAAAGAGCCGAAGAUGUCGGCUCGGUCAUGUGAUCAGCUGUGUCCAAUCACAGCUGAUCACAUGGGACAUGUACACUGAUCAUCAGGGCACUGAUGAUCAGUGUGCCCUGAUGAUCAGUGUAGCCCCAGCAGUGCCACCUGUCAGUGUCCAUCAGUGUCUUGUGUCAGUGCUCAUCAGUACCUCAUGCCAGUGCCCAUCAGUGCCACAUCAAUGCCACAUAUCAGUGCCUACCAGUGCACAUCAAUGCCACAUAUCAGCGCUCCAUCUGAGCUGCCUUUCAGUGUCACCCAUCAGUGCCAGUCAGUGCCACCUAUCAAUGCCAAUCAGUGCCACCUAUCAGUGCUGCCAAUCAGUGCCACCUAUCAGUGCCAGUCAGUGCCACCUAUCAGUGCACAUCAGUGCAGCCUAUCAGUGCCAGUCAGUGCCACCUAUCAGUGCUGCCUAUCAG